ACAACUUCUAGUGGAAGAGGGUUGGCUCUGGCAAAAUUAACUGAUAAUCCGGCAGAGCUGGCGUGGUUUAUUUUGCACAUGUGCACCAGAGUCUCAGCGCUUCUACCGGGUCGGUUUGAGUAAAUGUGAACACUGGGCACAUUUGAAACGCGUCUUUAACAGCGAGAAGGCGGUAAAGUUUUUGUAUGAGUUGAGUCGCCGUUGCGGACACGGAGAGGCGAAGACAAGGCCCGUGAAGCCUCGGCUUGUGGGUGGCAGUCAUGGCCGGAAAUUUUGACGCGGAGGACCGCGGCAGCUGGUACUGGGGAAAACUGAGUCGACAGGAGGCGGUUUCGCUCCUGCAGGGACAGAGACAUGGUGUGUUUUUAGUGAGGGACUCCAUUACCAGUCCUGGAGACUACGUGCUCUCCGUUUCAGAAAACUCUAAAGUCUCUCAUUAUAUAAUCAACAGCAUCAGCAGCCAUCGGCAGUCCGGUCCAGGACUGACUACCUCUCGAUUUCGGAUUGGAGACCAAGAAUUUGAUGCCCUCCCUGCUCUGCUGGAGUUUUAUAAGAUACACUACUUGGACACCACUACAUUAAUCGAACCCAUCAACAAAGCCAAGCACUCCUCAGUCAUCGGUGUCGGCACAGGGACGGGAGGGGGUCCCCAGAGGCUUGAGGAAGAGUAUGUCCGUGCUCUCUUCGACUUCCCUGGCAACGAUGAUGAGGACCUUCCGUUUCGAAAGGGCGAUGUCCUCCGGGUGCUGGAGAAGCCAGAAGAGCAGUGGUGGAAUGCUCAGAAUUCCGAGGGCCGCGUGGGGAUGAUCCCUGUGCCCUACGUGGAGAAAUUCCGCCCAGCUUCUCCAACGUCGGGGUCUCUGGGCAGCGGGGGGACCGGCACUGUGGGAAAUUCAGAUGGCCACAAUUCCCAAUCCCCUCCUCUGCUGGGAGAGCCAGGCCAGUAUGCCCAACCCACGUCUUUGCCCAACCUGCAGAAUGGGCCCGUCUUGGCCAGGGCAGUUCAGAAGAGAGUACCCAAUGCCUAUGACAAGACAGCUCUUGCUUUAGAGGUCGGUGACUUGGUGAUGGUGACUAAGAUCAAUGUAAACGGCCAGUGGGAGGGUGAGUGCAAGGGGAAGCGUGGUCAUUUUCCCUUCACGCACGUGCGCUUACUGGAUCAGCACAACCCAGAGGAUGACCCGAGCUGAAAGCAGACACUGUCCUCUGUACAGCCCUUAGAUGCACACGCCCUGUCCUCACGCCUAAUAACUGACCUGCUCAAGGGUAGCCUCUUCAACUAGAUCCUUUUUUAUUUUGUCUGUCCUGUCACCGUUUUGUGCCAUGAUUUCAUUCACACCAAUAUAUACAACAUCUGCAGUAAUUUUCCUAUUAGUACAUAUGCAAUGAUUUGAAGUUACUUAGACACUAAACACCAUGGACAUCUCUGUAAAUUUCCAUAAGCAGAACAUUUGGAGUGUGGCUUGUGAGAUUGAAAGAGGAGAUGUCUGCUUGGACUCAUAACCGUUUGGUGUGGCUGUAAGGGACUGUUCUAUGUUUGAGUAGCAUACACUACUUGGUGAAAAAUGACUGCUUUGAUAGGGAUUGAUUUUGAGCCCUUAUCACACUACAAGUUUAUUAUCUGCCAUGUGAUUAUAUACAAGGUGUCUGAAGUAGUAGUACUGGUCAUAUAUUAAUGUUUACCAUUACGUGCUUAAUUUGUAUUCCUUUAAACAAUUUUUGUGCACAUAGAAGUAUUUCAUUUGAGUUAUUAGUUAAAAUGUCCCCUUUGUUUUCUGUUGAGCAGUUCUGGACAAUGAAGAAAACUUGAUUCUGAAGACAAAAAUCAGUUUUGAUAAACAAGCACACAUCUUUACUGUUUGAUUUAAACGUGACUUUUCUUGAAGUUUAUAUAAAAGUAGUAUAUGUAACAGUUCUCUGGAAUGCCCCCACUAAAGUCCCUACGUGCAGAUGCUUCUUGAACACUACUUAAAUGUAUACUGUAAGAUUGUCACUGUGUAAAGUGUGAACCCGAAGCCUCGAACAUGUCCCUCUUUUGAACUGUCUUGCACGUAACGAUGCCUUUCAUUUAUGAUUGCUUAAUGCAUCUGCUCCAGCAGAAUCAGUGUAAUUUUCCCACAAUGUUUGCAGUCAUACUUCACUGCUUCCUAAUUGCAUUUUCACCCAAGAGGUUAUCUGCAGUCACUCGUUAUAACACAGAUAAUUCCUUUAACCAGUUGUUUGCCAAUUACAGUUGCUCAAAAACAGUAAUGUCUUGGAUCUAGCCUAAUAACUAAGAUGAAACUUGGAACAAUAGUGCACUAGUAUGUUCAAGUGAGAUUUGAGACAAACCCUUUCUUAAUAGGUAUUUAAACAUUGUAUUUCACUGACUGCAGCUGCUUAACUUUUUUUUUUUUUUUUUUUUUUUUUUAUGAAUUAAUGAACCAAUGCAUGGACUAAAUCACUAAUUGAAAGACUUUCAGAAAACACUCAGCAUUCAUGUGUGCAAUUCCUAAAAUGCCUGUAAUUAACUAUGUUCAAUCAUGUAAAUGGGGACAAUCACCAGAGACAUUUUAAGACAUUUUAAGUCAGAGGAAAUUUGAAGGCGAUAUAUGAUGCAGCCUUAUAAUAGAUCGUGGAGCAGACAUAUUUUUUCACAUAAGUCAUUAAAGAAGGGUUUCCCAGGAUUUUUGAGGCCUAUGUGCAAACUGGGUCUAGUAUUCCACUAUGGAGCAAAAAUAAUUUUUUUUUCAGUAGGGACCUGUGCUGGCAAUACUUGUGAAAGCUGAUCCCAGUUUAAUAAAUGUUUCAAAAAGGCCAUAAAACUGUAAUGGUCAGACUGUAACAGUGGACAGGUUGACCAACCAGCAGAAAUGGAAAAUUCCCAGAUAUCUGGAAGGUUUCCAGACCAAAGGAGCAUUAAGAGCUUGAUUUCUUAGCUAAUUUGAUUUCUUUGUUUGUCAUGGAAGAUUACCUAUAGGUAAACUUAAACUGUGUUGAACCAUGAUCCAUAAAGGUUUGACACCAGCUUUCACUACUUGGGAGCACAUUCAGGUUUUGUUGUUGUUUUUUAUUUUUAUCAUUAAUAUUUGUUACACUCUAGAUUGAAACCUAAUUUUACAGCUGCCAUUCCGAAGUGUCCUGUUCUUUCUCAUAAGCCAAAGGUCUUACUAAUGCACCUCAGAAUUACCACUUUUAACCUGUGGCUAAGAUGACAGAAGUUUCUCUGUACAUUUUAUUUGUACCUGAAGUAUUAUGUUUAAUGUCUUCAACAGAAAACAUAACGUCAUAUUGUGAUGUUAAUUUAUGUUCAUUUAAGCCCUUCACAGAUCACCUUAAAUGUGGAUAAUGUUUUGAUCAGCCUGUACAUCAAAUGAAGAUAACCUCAAUAGUAAACCAUUUUAAACCCA